UUCAGUUCAGACGCUUGACACGUAAACUCGGAAUUGCCAAUCUAUACCAUUGUGCGUUUGCCAAAAACAAAAUUCUUUCCCAGCGCUGAUUGUUUCGUGGAACCACAUUUUACGUUCUAAAUAGAUAAAAGAUUACUAUCUACUAACAACACAACAAUAGGAUAUGGUACUAUUAAACUACGAUGAGUUCCUGACGCAGCUCACUCUGCUUUCACAACAAGCCCGCGGCGAUUCAUCCUUCACAAUCACGGUGAAACGAUACGAUGGCCACGAUAAGCCAAAACCCCGCGAAGGCAAGCCACCGCUACCAAAACCGGAUGAAUACCAGUGUUUAAUCAGGGCGCGGUCGCGAUCCAAGAAGCUAUCAACAGUUGUCCGACACGACGAUGUGGCGAAGUUUAUGGAAUCAUACUCAAAGGUGUUGAAGUCCAGCAUGGAUGGAUUGAAGAAGAUUAAAAAGGUUAAAAAUAAAGCUAAGGCAGCUCAAGGAUAGUAAAACGCCGGUUAUCUCUCA